AUGUAUGAUAACUAUAGAAAUCCUCAUCCUCCCGGGAUGCAGAUGCCCCCACCAAACCCUCAGCCUGGUCCCUAUGACAACCCAUUGUAUGGCGCAAGCUCGGGUCUGAUUAAAACUGGGUUAGGAGUAUAUGGGGAGAAGUUCUUCGGCUCCAGUUCAGAAUUCAUGCAGAGCAAUAUCAGUAGAUACUUCUCCAACCCACAGUACUACUUCCAUGUGAAUGAUCAGUAUGUCAGGAACAAGUUGAAAGUCAUACUGUUCCCGUUCCUUCACAGGGGGCACUGGACUCGGAUAAGUGAGCCUGUUGGUGGCCGUUUGUCAUACAAACCUCCAAUGUACGACAUAAAUGCGCCAGAUCUGUACAUCCCUUUCAUGGCGUUCGGCACCUUCAUUAUUCUCGCAGGCUUCACACUAGGCUUCAUGGGGAAGUUCACUCCAGAAGCCAUAAACCUCCAGUUCACAAGAGGGCUGAUCGGAUGGGGCCUACAGAUUGUCUUCUUAAAAGGCCUCCUCUACUCGAUGGGCGGUGGCGAGGUGCCGCUGCUCGACCUGGUAGCCUACAGCGGGUACCUGUUUGCGGGGCUCUCCCUGGCCAUCUUCACGGAGAUGCGGGGCAGCGAGAGGCACUCGACGCGGCAGCACUACUUCCUGCUCUUCAUGGCCAUCGUGCAGUUCCCCCUCUUCUUCUGGCUCGGCAGCAUAGGCGCAUGA